AUGUGUCAAUGUGUUAAUUCAUUCAAAUGUAUCUCAAGAUAUCGUCUUAUGGACACCUUAUCAGAUUGUCCUAAUGAAGAUGACAAAAAUUUGAAACAUAUUACAGCUGUUGGUUUAAUUGAACUUUUAAAAAAACAUAUCAAAUUUUGUCAAAUAAAUAAUAAUUUAACAUGUCAACAUGGUGGUCAAUGUAUUCCUGUUGAUGAAUAUAUGUCGUCAUCGAAUAAAAAAUUUUCAUGCAUUUGUCCAAAAGGUUAUAGUGGAGAUCGAUGUGAAAUAGUUGAUAAUAAAAUAAUUUUAUCAUUUGAAAAUGAUAUUGUUUUAUCUCAGUCAAUAUUUAUUCAUUUCAUAGAAGCUAUUAAUGGAAGUGUUCCAAUGAGAAUGACUACUUUUCGAACAAUUUUCCCAGUAAAAAAUUCACUUACAAUUCUUUGGUCACGAUCAUUUCAUCUUAUUUUUAUUGAACUUUAUAAUAAAAAUUAUUAUUUAGUUGUUAUUCAAAAAAUUUAUGAACAAUCAACAACCAUUAUAAAAAAGAUAAAAUCAUCUGAUCGUUGCCAACAUAUAAAUGAAUUAUUUAAUGAAAUUUUUGUUAAAUUACAUCUUACUCGUCGUAUAAAAUAUUAUCAUUUAUCAUGUCAACAAAAUCUAUCAAAUCUGCCAUGUUUUUAUGAUGAUGUUCAUAUUUGUCUAUGUUAUGAUCAUAGAAAACAACGUUUAGCAAAUUGCUUUGAAUUUAAUUAUAAUAUGAAAUCGGAUUGUUUAGGUCAAAGUGUUUGUGAAAACGUUGGUCAAUGUUUUCAAGAUACUGAAGUUUUACGAUGUCAAUUUAGUUCGAAUCGAUUUGGUUUAUCACUUGAUGCUAUCUUAGGUUAUCAUAUUCAACCAAAUAUUAGUCUUUUAAAUCAAUUAAAUAUUGUCAAAAUUAGUUUAGCAUUAACAGUAAUAUUUUUAGUUGCAGGAUUUAUCAAUGGAGUUUUAUCUUCAAUUACAUUUAAUAAUAAACAAAUAUGUGAAGUUGGUUGUGACGUUUUAAAACAACAAAUUCAACAAUAUAAACAUUUAUUAACUGCUUCUGUUCUUUUAGUUAUUCUUGGAUUACCACGUUUGAUCAUUUUAUUUGUAUCAAAAUGUAUGAAAUCAACAAAUGAUGGAUGGCUAUUUCUUGUUGGAUAUUUUAUUUCAUUUAUUCCACCUAUGCUUACAUUUGUUGUAUUUAUAUUACCAUCAAAGUUUUAUAAAGAAUAA